AGAAAGCGAAAUUUAUAAAUAAGGCGACUGAAAAUGAAAUAACAUCUGUAGAAGUUAAGGGUCAAAAAAGCUAUCUUAUAACUUGGAUAAAUAGCUAUGAGUUGCGUGUAGAUAAUGAAAAAAUUUUUAAAUUUGAAGCACAGAGAGGACCAAAUAAAAAAAAAUCUUGCGGAUUGUCUU